AGGAAUGAGUUGACGUGGAUGAUUGCCAUGCUUCCUCAAGGCAUUCCUGGCAAUGAGCAAGCGGAAGAAGAAGUGCCGAGCUUUGCAAGAAGCCGAGAGCGUGGAUUCGCCAGAGGUCCUCCUUUUGGGGGAGGCGAAUUUCUCCUUCGCGCUGGCGCUGAAGUCGAUGCUGGUACCCCCUACGCUGUCGGGUUCAGCUGGAGAUGCGGACACCGACCGCAGAGCGGCAGAGCUGUCCCAGCGGAGUUUGGCAGUUGCGGCCGGGUAUUUGGGCUUGCCGUUGCAGGUCUGCAGGCAGGUUAGGAUCGUAGCGAGCUGCUACGAGACGCAGUUUGAACUCUCGGAGAAGUAUCCCGAAAGCGCCGGCAUCCUUGGCCGCUUGACACUCUUCGAUUCGCUGGAAGUGAGAUAUCAGGUCAAUGCCUGGGAUCUGGCCGACACCUUCGGCGAGAGGCAAUUCGACAUCAUUGCGUGGAACCACCCGCACCUCGGCACGGAGGAUUUCCGGCUCCACCGCUUCCUGCUGGCCCAUUUUUUCCAUGCCGUGGCCAAACACCUGCAGCCUGGUGGAAAGGUGGUGUUGGCCUUGUUGGAGGGCCAGGAAACACGCUGGGAUUUGCUGGAGCAGGCAGCCAGGCACGGCUUCUCACUGCUGUCCGCGCCCGUUCCACUGGCGCCAGCGAGUUUUCCUGGCUACGAGUGCAAGCGCAAUAGCACCGGAAGGUCCUUCAAGAACCAGCACACGCAGAAGACCUCGAACUCCUCCAGGAGCUGGGUCUACCAUUUGGGGCGCCAGUUCUCGGGAACCGGCGGCAAGGCCAGGCCCAAGCCGGAGACGGCCCUCGAAGGAGCAUCAAGCUCGUUCCGGUGUGAUACAUGUGGCAAGACCUUCUCGGGCGCGCAAGGCCUGCGGACCCACGUGCGGCAGGUGCACGAGCUGAAGAAGUACGGGGAGAAACCGAGGGGUGAGUUGCAGGUCACUUGCGACCAGUGUGGACGAGGCUUUUGUGACAGCGAGGCGCUGUAUCAACAUUCCCUCGCAGCUCACAGCGGUGAUUCCGCUGGCCACCGGCGGGUGCGCAGCACCUGCCUGGAGGGCUUCGCCUACCGCCGCUGCGCGAUUUGUGGCAUGUCGCUGCCGCUGUGGAUGUCCAGAGCAGCCCACCAGGAGGCUCUAAGGCCGCAGGUGGAUUGCCCCUACGCUUGCGGCUGCGGGCGCAGCUUCGUGGAGCAGCGGGCACUGGAGCAACACGAGCGCUUCUGCCAGGCCGCACGUCGCACAUGGCUGAGUUCUCUCGGCGGCUGCUGCGCCAAGCUUUGUAGCCAAUGACUCCAAAG